UUAGAUCAACACAACGGAAGUAGGAAAUAUUUCCACGAACGCCUCGUUAGCGCAUCAAUCCCUUCUCUAAUUUGGUUUAAUAUAGUUUAAAACAACAGCACAACCUGCAAGUGUUAGUGAGAACAGACCGCGUAAUUGCUAGUUACCUGACCAAAAUAGGUUGUGCUAUUUAAGUAGAAACUCGUAGUUUUUCGUUGUUCUGCCAGCUGAGCGUUUGCUAAGCUAAUAGUCAUAGAUUUACGCAGAAAAGUGAAAGAAGGUGCAAAAAUGAACAAUUUUGAGACUCCUUACGACGAAGAGGCUGAGUUUAUUGAAUGCACGAUCUGUGACAAAUCCCUAAGGGGUGAUACCUUGUACAAGAUCCACCUGACCACAACAGGACAUUUAAAGAAAGAGGAAGACCUUAUUGCUUCGGGGCUGGCUGUCAGAAAACACACUAUACCCAAGUUUGACGACAUUGUAUCCUAUCUUGAUUACCUAAACCUUAACGAGCCUAUUAUUGGUUUGAGCUAUUUGGAAAAAAUUCCUCAAAAUUCCUCUGAUGACCCUCAAAAUGGCCCCACGUACGUGUGUGGGUUGUGUAACCUGCCUGCAGUCCUCAUGGAGAUGGUCUCCCAUGUGAUUGGACGUAGACAUAGGCAGAAAUACAUGGAAACGAAAAGGCCAGAUUUGGUGACCUGGGAUAGCCAAAAUGUAAAAACCCAAGUGGGGAAGAUCAUACGAGCCAAAGCCGAAGUAAUUGAAAGGCAAGAUGGACGAGGAACUCCGAAGUCCAUUGUGAGAAAAGGACCUAAGGGCCAGUUAAAUACCUCAACAGUUUAUCCAAAGCAGGGGCAAAAUAGAGGUCGAGGCAUCCAAGAGAGACCCAUACCAGAUGCGCCACCACACCUGCCUGAUUUCAACGAUCAUCGCAAUAGACAGAAGAGCCUCGGUCAUCUUAACAACCCCUCACUCUAUCCCGAUGAACCCAACAGAAACUGGAACAGACAGUUUCAGGGGGAGAACUUGAGCUACCAAGACCGCACUGGAGAUGGGCUGGGAGGAGCAGAUUACAUGAAAGGCCUUCAGUACAGGGAAGACUACAACAAAACUGAAUAUUAUAGUCCAUCUGAAGAUGUUUAUGUUGAAGAUCCAAAAAGAAGGGAUGUACUUCAGCAACGUGAUGUUUCCAGGUACGAUUAUAGGGAGCAGAUGUCUCAUGGCCAGGGUCAAGACCACUACAUGGCAGAGGGGCCGUCUUAUAAAAGAAAGUACCCAGAAAAUUAUACUUCAGAGGCGUUAUACUCUGGGGAAGCUGAGCGCGGGCAAGCUUAUUCCCAGGGAUACCAGCCCUCCCAGCCAGCAUACUCUGAAUGGGAUAAAAGUCAGCGGUCCGUGGAAAGGGAUCCCACUAGACACAACAGUAUGAACAGGGCACACAGGCAAGAAUCAGAUGAACCAGAAGUUAAGAGGAGGAACUUAUCCGCACCUUUGGAGAGUGGCCAGUCACGUGACUACUUGUUAGACGCAAUCAGAGAUUAUCAUCAUGGAAUGAGAAGACCAUUUCAAGAGGGGGCAUUAGAUAACCCCGGGCCCAGCAGAGCCCCUGCCACUCAGAGACGUGUCAGCGUUACCAGCACCAUCUCUAACAUCCCAGAGCCCUUCAGGCGUUUUCUGAAAGGAGGGGGAAAUGAUGACGGACAGGGAAAGAGAAAAAGUCGCUUCUCUGAUGCCAGUCCAGAGGAAAUGCAAAUGACCAGUGGCAUGCUCAAUGAUGGAUAUGGGCAUCCAUAUCCACAGACUGGUGGGAAUCCUAGAUCAGCUGGUGCGCCGUUUAGACCGGAUAUCAGUGCAACACAGAACUCCGGCAGCUACAGGGAGCCACAGGGGCCACCUAUCACCAAAAGCUACCACAGAGGAGGCUCUGAGUCAGAGGAUGUCUUUGAUGUGCUGAAAAACAUUGAAAUUAAGAAUGCAGAUGAGGCCGACUUCCUGAAAAGCAAACUUUGCCAUCUUCUGAAAGAAUUCAAGUCCAAAAAACUGGAAACGUCUACGCUGCCUCAACAACAUCAGUACGAGAGGUCCAACAAAGAAGAUUCUGACCUCAGACGUACAGAGGACCUUGAUUUUAGCAGCAAUCGCAGAGGGAGUUGGAGGCAGCGUGAGGCCUUACCACAGGGGCCCCCCCAGGAAUACCAACAUCCUCUACACGGGGAGCCGAGGCACUCGGGGCGCCCAAGCAGAGGCUCUUAUGAAGAUGAGCCACAGCGUUAUCCUGAAAGGUUUCAAGAACCCAUGCGCUCUCGUGACCACCAGCCUGGGGGUGACGGGUUUUUUGACUCUCGUUCCUCUGCACGGCCCCUCAACAUGGAACAAGGGAAUCGAAUGCCCAGUGGUCCGUCUUUUAGUACCAAUCUGGACAAAUUCACCUCUGCCCUUUUGGAAUUUGUGGCAAGAAAAUGAUCAUCAUAAUUUCCUCAGUAAUUUUGUAAAAUACACAUUCUCACUUUUUAUGUAACCAUUUGACUUUAAUGGACUAUUAGAAGUAAAAUGUCUAGGCACAUCAAGAAUUAUGAAAUGUUCAAGUCUGAGUGUCUCUAAUAAAACAAUUUUCCUCUGUAGCCAUUAUUUUCUCUGUCAGUUAUUUUCUAUGACUCAUUCACAGCAAGAAUUGUACUAUGUUUGCUAUUGUAGUUCAAAGUUGAUCCCAAAUUUUGCACUUUGGACUGUUUCUGAAGUUCUGUGUUACAGUGAAUGUUUAACAAUUAUAAGAGUUAAAUGAUUAUUUUACAUUGAUGCAAAAUAAAAUACCACGUAAAAUCAAUCCAAAUAUCACUGCAGCAGUUUUGUUUUUAUCCGGUUAUGUAUUCCAUUAACCUAAUAAUCAACGGUGUCAAGUAACGAAGUACAAAUACUUUGUUACCUUAAGUAGAAAUUAUGGUUAUCUAUACUUCACUGCAGUAAUUAUUUUUCAAAGGACUUUUUACUUUUACUCCUUACAUUUUAAAAACAGCCUCGUUACUCUAUUUCAUUUUGGCCUUUUAAAAAAAAAAAAAAAACUAUCCAGUUAAAUUGCUCCAUCCGGAUAGAGUGAAUUUGGUUGUGGUUGUUUCAGAUGUUCUUGUCCAGUUUUGUUCUUA